AUGCUUACCGGGGGCUAUCUAAUAGAGAGGGCAGGAAUGAUGUUGAAUGGUGCCAUGUACCGCCGCCUAUCGCUCGCAUCAACGGCCGUGAGUAACAUCAAGUUAACCACACCGACAGCCCGUCUUUUGCAGCGACUCUCGGACUUUCGCCAAGAGACAGCCGGGGAAGUUCCUCAAGGAGUAGCAUCAGUAUAUAUUUUCGGUUCUACCCAGAAUGUUCAGGAUUCCGAUUCCGGAGAAAGCGGGUUUGACUCAAUGGAGAUUGACGAAUCCGGACUACCAGACCUUCAGAGGCGGCAAGAGGCCCGAAAAGCGAGAUCCAAACCAAUUCCCGCUGCAGGCACAAAGGAGGCAGAGGAAGUCGGCAUGUUCAAUUCUACAGGUGGCCUUCAAUGGAGUUUAUACAACACGCGUCCGAACGAAAAGCUUGGUUUCAUGAGUGACUGA